UACUACGUUGUCGUCCACGACGGAGUCGAGCACCACGUCGCUGACAAGCACCACAGGAACGAGCAGUACCACGCUGUCCUCCACGACGGAGUCGAGCACUACGUCUCUGACCAGCACUACCGAAGCAAGCACAACGCACACGAGCAGUACCACGUUGUCCUCCACGACGGAAUCGAGCACCACGUCUCUGACCAGCACUACCGAAACAAGCACAACGCACACGAGCAGUACUACGUUGUCGUCCACGACGGAGUCGAGCACCACGUCGCUGACAAGCACCACAGGAACGAGCAGUACCACGUUGUCCUCCACGACGGAGUCGAGCACCACGUCUCUGACCAGCACUACCCACACGAGCAGUACCUCGUUGUCCUCCACGAUGCAGUCGAGCACGAUAUCGCUGACCAGCACUGUGACCACUACCACUGUGACCGCUGUUACCAUGACGACCAGUACCGCGGCCCACACGAGUGCGACCAGCAUGGCAUCCAUGUCCACAGGUACCGCGACCAUCGCCAGUUCAUCCAUGACCAUCACAAGUAUCAUCAGGACCAUUAG